UUUCUGCCGCUGCCGCCGCACUUCCUCCCGCUGCUGGCCAGCUGCCGACGUAUUCGCCGACUGGCUUUGCUCUUCCUCUCUGCCAAACUGAAGCGCUCUCAGAUCGAGCUGCUCCAUCCUUCGACCGCCUCGCUGGUUGCCCGCCUUGGCCAGUCCGACUCCUAUUCGUCCCAAAAGCUCGCCUCGCCGCACGGCCAGAGCCUGCUCGAGGGCCUGCUCUCGAACCUCGGCUCGCCCAUCAAGAGAAUCCAGUGCGUGUUCAAGGGAUGGGACGAUCGCCGCCAGCGCUGGAGAUUCGAGCCCGUCUUGGAGGAGAUGGUUCGGUUCGUCCCCGUCUCUCAACCUGACGACCACGAUGCCGGCCCAGCCAGUUCGCCCCGCCGGCCUCAACAACACCGCCGACAACGGGUCACCUAUCUCCGGCCCAUCGCCGCACCCGAGCCCAUGGGUUUGUCGAUCGAACCACACUCGGAUAACAUCCUGGCCGUCCGGGUUGGCUCUGUCGACUGGACUGCUCUGGACCGCUGUCGAAACUCGGCCACCUCGACUUGCCUGACGCACUAUCCCACUCACAACGAGGGCUCCGUCGCCGUCAUCGAUCCUGCCGUCCAGGCCAAGCUCUUCUGGCUGCCGCUCGGCAAGGUCUAUGCGAGCAAUCGGCCAGCCGAGAUUUCGGCCAACGGCAUCACCAUCGGCUACCGCCUGACAUCAAAGCCCGUCGCCACCACCACCACAUUGGCUUCAUCGCCGUCGGUGAACGGCUGCAGCCCGAUUUUCCUCCAGAUCACAGACAUCUGGUGUGCCUCCGGGUCGCUGAUGACGAGUCGGAUGGGUCUGCAUCCCAGCGCCCCAGUCUCGGCUGGAGGCGAUCUGGCUUCUCCCACAAGUCCGUUCUCACCCAAGCUCUACACUAGCGGCAUCCGCAGCGAAUCCUUUGGUUCGCUGAACGACCAGGCCGGCUUCGAAAUAAUGCCACGCCGCAGCACCCUUCUUCUCGUGGAUACAUCUGCCGGCACGACCGAGCCUGAUUGCUCGGAUGUGUGCAUCGACGCACGAUCGGGUUCGUCGGCCUACAGCCCGCGGUCAUCAGUGGCAACCGCAUACUCUGCGUUCUCCGAAGCUUCGUUGGCCGUGAGCCAACCGGGGUCACGAUGGAAUCCCGAGAGGAUCGAAUGCAGUUCGUGGUGGGGCACGGUUUGACCCGAGAUCGAUACGAGCACCAAUGUCCCCGUGGGCGACAAACCCGAGCAUCGGACUCUGGACUCUAGGCUCUGCAUCCGACUCGACUCGACUCGACGAUAUCUUGACGGCGCUCGAGUAUCCGUCCCUGGUGUGCGAAGAAGUUCAUCUCCUCGACAGAUUAUGGUCCUCCUGGGUUGAUGUGGCAUACAGCAUUCUCAUUUUGAAACGGAGCACCCUGUAUCCUCUGGAGAAAUACACAGCUGCGUGCAUGAUGAUCUGCCGAUGCCUGUCCACCGAUGCGGCUCACAGAACCGCACAACGCUGCUUCUGGGAAUGCUUGCGGUCUCUGCA